GCCGCCUCUGCCUGGGCGCGGAACAAACGGUUAAAGAUUUUGGGCAGCGCCUCGCGGGGGGAGGAGCUAGGGGGCCGAUCCGCAAUUAAAGAUGAACUUUGGGUGAACUAAUUUGUCUGACCAAGGUAACGUGGGCAGUAACCUGGGCGGCCUAUAAAGAGGGCGCGCGGCGGGGUUCGGAGCGAGGGCGGCGGCGGCAGGUGGCGCGGAGGCUGCUGCGUGCCAUGGGGCUCCCGGCGCUGCUGGCCAGUGCUCUCUGCACCUUCGUGCUGCCGCUGCUGCUCUUCCUGGCAGCGACUAAGCUCUGGUACUUGUACUGUGUGAGCAGCCGCGACCGCAGCUGCGCCCUCCCUUUGCCCCCCGGGACCAUGGGCUUCCCAUUCUUUGGGGAAACCUUGCAGAUGGUGCUGCAGCGGAGGAAGUUUCUGCAGAUGAAGCGCAGAAAAUACGGCUUCAUCUACAAGACGCAUCUGUUUGGGCGGCCCACAGUCCGGGUGAUGGGCGCGGAUAACGUGCGGCGCAUCUUGCUAGGGGAGCACCGGCUGGUGGCUGUGCAGUGGCCUGCGUCCGUGCGCACCAUCCUGGGCUCCGGAUGCCUCUCCAACCUGCACGAUUCGUCUCACAAGCAGCGAAAGAAGGUGAUUAUGCAGGCCUUCAACCGCGAGGCACUCCAGUGCUAUGUGCCGGUGAUCGCCGAGGAGGUGGGCAGUUGUCUGGAGCAGUGGCUAAGCUGCGGCGAGCGCGGCCUCCUGGUCUACCCCGAGGUGAAGCGCCUCAUGUUUCGCAUAGCCAUGCGCAUCCUGCUGGGCUGCGAGCCUGGUCCGGCAAGCGGCGGCGGGGAGGACGAGCAGCAGCUAGUGGAAGCCUUCGAGGAGAUGACCCGCAAUCUCUUCUCUCUCCCCAUUGACGUGCCCUUCAGCGGGCUGUACCGGGGCGUGAAGGCGAGGAACCUUAUUCACGCGCGGAUCGAGGAGAACAUUCGUGCCAAGAUCCACCGGCUUCGGGCUGACGAGCCCCAAGAGGACUCGUGCAAGGACGCACUGCAGCUCCUGAUUGAACACUCAUGGAAGAGGGGAGAGCGGCUGGAUAUGCAGGCACUAAAGCAGUCUUCAACAGAGCUCCUCUUUGGUGGCCAUGAAACUACAGCCAGUGCAGCCACAUCGCUGAUUGCUUACCUAGGACUCUACCCACCCGUUCUCCGGAAAGUCCGGGAGGAGAUAAGGAGUAAGGGCUUACUUUGCAAAAGCAAUGAAGACAGCAAGCUAGACAUGGAAACGUUGGAGCAGCUUAAAUACACUGGGUGUGUUAUUAAGGAGACCCUUCGGUUGAAUCCCCCAGUUCCAGGAGGGUUUCGGGUUGCUCUGAAGACUUUUGAGUUGAAUGGAUACCAGAUUCCCAAGGGCUGGAAUGUUAUUUAUAGUAUCUGUGACACACACGACGUGGCAGAUAACUUCGCUAACAAGGAGGAAUUUAACCCUGACCGCUUUAUAUCACCUCAUCCCGAGGACGCGUCCAGGUUCAGCUUCAUUCCGUUUGGAGGAGGCCUUCGGAGCUGUGUAGGCAAAGAGUUUGCAAAAAUUCUUCUUAAGAUAUUUACAGUGGAGCUGGCCAGGCAUUGUGACUGGCAGCUUCUAAAUGGACCUCCUACAAUGAAAACCAGCCCCACUGUGUACCCUGUGGACAAUCUCCCCGCAAGAUUCACCCACUUCCGGGGUGAUGUCUGAUGGGUAUUUCAACUCUUGGACUUCUUUGAAGUAUACGUGUUUUUUUUUAUAGUGUCAUGUUGCCUUUAUUUAAUUUCUAAAUGUAUUGUCUAAUAUUUAUGUGUCUCUACUACAGCCCCAUGGUCUUUAAAUAUUAAAAUAAUGAAUUUGUAUGAUUUCCAAAUAAAGUAAAAUUAAAAAGUA